GCAGUUGCAAGGGUUUAAUUCACUGUCGGAUAGCGGGAUGUAUUCCACCGAGGUCCUGGAAAGCCCCCCACUUGACUGAGUGAUGGUGGGGCAAACGCGGGGCAGCUUGGAAGCUUGCCCCGUUACUUGACUUGCGCAACUCACGAUGCGGGGCACGUAUUUGUGUCGCAGCAUAUUGGAUGUUGUGGUAUUGCGGAAGUCGGAGGAGCUUGUGGAUGGGGGGACAUAUAAAGCUUUCUUGGGUCUCGUCGGUUUCCGUUCUGACCAUGCUACACAUUAUAUUCUGUCUUACCCUGUUCAGUUGCGAAUCUGUCCCAUUUCCUAGUCUCCCCUGUAGUCGCUCACUUACACGGAAAUAAGCAAGUUUACUUGAAUUGUCUCUGAAAAUGAGUCGACCUCUGGAAGGCAAGCUUGCCAUCGUAACAGGCGCAUCACGAAAUAUCGGCGUAGCAAUAGCAACCAAACUCGCCUCGUACGGCGCCAAUGUUGUCAUCGCAUACACUUCACCCUCCUCCAAGACUCUCGCCGAGUCUCUCUCGGAAGCGCUAUCCUCCACACACAACGUCAAGACCCUCGUAGCCCAAGCCGACCUGGGCACGCCCGAAGGACCGAAACAGCUCCUCGAUGCUACCAAAGCCGCGUUCUCCUCCGCAGACGGCAAAUUCCAACUCGACAUCCUCAUCAACAACGCCGGCGUAGCGCACAACAACCUCCUCCCGAACGUUACCAUCGACGACUUCGAGAAAUCCUACCGGAUUAACGUCCUGGGCCCCCUUUUGCUGACCCAAGCCGCCGAGCCUUAUCUUCCACACGACCGUUCCGGCCGCAUCGUCAACCUGUCCUCGGUUUCGAGCAGCACGGGAUUCAUCGAGCAGUCCGUAUACGGCGGGACCAAAGCCGCCCUUGAGGCCAUGACGCGUACCUGGUCCCGCGAGCUCAGCGAGCGCUGCACCGUUAAUGCUAUCAACCCUGGUCCCGUGCUGACGCCCAUGUAUGACAGGAAUUCGGAUGAUUUCAAGAGGGAGAUUAAAGGCUGGAUUGAUCAUGCGCCGCUGAUGAGGGCGAGGAGAGGGGUGGAUAGUGACGAGAUAGUGAAGGAUGCUGAGACGAGCGGGGGGAGGCCAGCGUAUUGCGACGAGAUUGCGGGUAUUGUGGCCAUGCUGUGUGGGAAUGACUCAGCUUGGUGUACGGGACAGGUUGUUUGUGCGAACGGAGGGAUGUUAAUGUUGCAUUGAACAGGAAUAGGGGUCAGGGUUUAGGGUUAGGGUCCUCAUUUUUGAGUUGAAUGUGAUGGAAUCUAGUCAACCAGACAAUGCUCGCGAGCUAUAACUCUGAAUAAACAAAGUACAAUGUCAGAAAUAUGGCGUGUUGCUCAGAUUUCGACAGACAUACCUAGGCUGGAGAAGGGUCAAUGUUCAGAUAUGAGGAACUACUCAUCCGUCUCAUCACAAAUUAUGAAUUCGG